CGCCGCCUCCCGCCCGCCCGCCGUCCCCGCGCCGCCCGCCGCCCAUCCAGCCGGCCGCGCGAGCCGCUCCAUGGCUGCGCCCGAGUGGGAUUGGUUUCAGCGCGAGGAGCUCAUCGGCCAGAUCAGCGACAUCCGCGUGCAGAACCUGCAAGUGGAGCGAGAAAACGUGCAGAAAAGGACCUUCACACGCUGGAUCAACCUACACCUGGAGAAGUGUAACCCACCCUUGGAGGUGAAAGACUUAUUCGUCGAUAUCCAGGAUGGCAAGAUCCUUAUGGCCCUGCUAGAGGUGCUGUCGGGCCGAGGCCUGCUGCACGAGUACAAAUCCUCCUCCCAUCGCAUCUUCCGGCUGAACAACAUCGCUAAGGCACUGCAGUUCCUGGAGGAGAGCAGCGUGAAACUGGUCAGCAUUGACGCUGCAGAAAUAGCUGACGGCAACCCUUCCUUGGUCCUGGGACUGAUAUGGAACAUCAUCGUCUUCUUCCAGAUUAAAGAGCUCACGGGCAACCUCAGCAGAAAUUCACCACCUUCUAGCCUGUCACCUGGCUCAGGGGGCACCGACUCAGACUCCUCCUUCCCACCCACCCCUACAUCUGAGAGGAGCACGGGCCUCUCUGUGAAGGACCAGAGAAAGGCUAUCAGGACGCUGCUGGCCUGGGUGCAGCGCAAGACCAGGAAGUACGGCGUGGCGGUGCAGGACUUCACAAGCAGCUGGAGGAGUGGGCUGGCCUUCCUGGCUGUGAUCAAGGCCAUCGACCCCAGCCUGGUGGACAUGAAGCAGGCGCUGGAGGAGCCGAUGCGGGUUAACCUGGAGAAGGCCUUCACCAUCGCUCAUGAUGCUCUGCACAUUCCCCGGCUCCUGGAGCCUGAAGACAUUAUGGUGGACACACCGGAUGAGCAAUCCAUCGUGACAUACGUGGCACAAUUUCUAGAACGUUUCCCUGAGGUGGACCCCGAUGAGGCUGUAGACUCUGACAGAGAAGCUCCCAUUGAGUCCACCUUUGUCCACAUCCAGGAAGCCCGGGCUGAACCUGAGAGCAAAGUCCUGCUCCUAACGGAGAAUGGCGAGCGCACUUAUACUGUGAACGAGACCGCCCACCCGCCCCCCGCCAAGGUCUUCGUCUCAGAGACAUCGGGCAGUGUGGAGGAGAGUCAACUCCUGGACAGUACCCAUAGCCAUGUGCCGCUGUCAGACAGCCCCACCAAGGUGGUGGGCCAGGUCCUCUCAGGGGUCAUGAGUCAGAACAGCAAUGGUGGCUGCGGCAGCAGCAGCAGCAGCAGCAGCAACAAUGAGCCGCUUCUAGAAUCUUCCAUCCUGUCCUGUAGAAAGGAGAGCCGGAGGUCCAGCUCCUUGCCCAUUAAGAAAACGGUGCACUUUGAGGAUACCUCGUACAGUAAGGACACAUCCUUCAGCUUCGAAGGGUCCCCUUGGGGAAGGGCCAAGGGGCUUUCCUGGCAAGACCCACACAACCUGGCUGCAGGGAUGUCGGAGAGGAAGCCCAAACCAGAAGUUACCUUCAACUUGACCUCAAAGGAAGUGACUUCAGUGGCCAACGUGGACAAGCCCACUCGGGCCUCGAGUCCACCACCCUGUCCCAGCAUGGCCAGUCCCCCAGGCUCCCCUGUGCCUGCCCAGAGCAAUGUGGUCCUAGCACCCUCACUGGAGCUGAAGGUGCAGUUGCUGACCACACAGGCUCUGGAAGAGGAAGAUGGCUUUGAGGGCAUCCCGCUGAAGGCCUCCCGUUUUAAUAACGACCUGGUCGACUAUGCCUGUACCAGCCAGGUCUUCGGGGAGGAGCCGACUGUGGAGGAAGCAGCAGCUGAGAAGCCAGGCAAGAAGGUCUCUAAGUCAGCCAGCAUGAGUCCUGAGCCCGAGGAGCCCACAGAACCCAUACUAGAGGCCAGUAAGCCCGAGGUAUAUGAGAAGGCUAAGCGCAAAUCUCCAGGCCGGCGGCGCCGCUCCAUCGACGAUGGCAGCAGCACCCCUGAGGAACCCCAGGGAGAAUUCCUGGCCAACAUCUCGAGCCACAGCACCAGCCUGGAGACCUUGGACAGCCGCAGCCAGGAGGGCUUGGACUUGAGGCGCUCCCCGCCACUCUCCAAGAUCUCUGUCAUUCCCCAUGACCUUUUCUAUUACCCUCACUAUGAGGUACCACUCUCGGCCGUCCUUGAGGCCUUUGCCGAGGGCUCGGAGGAUGUGAGGAACGAAGAGGAGGAGCUGGAGGAAGCUGAGAACCUUGUGCUGGACCAGGAGGCCAGAGGCAUUUUGUCGGAGCCAAUUGAAGUCCAGCUCCCUGACAGUGACCAGGAAUUCUGUCCAGAAUGGGAAGCAGAGGCUGAGCUGCCCAGCCCAGAGCCUAUACCCCCCACAGCCCCAGAGGCUGGGUCUCCAAAUGUGACCCCAGAGAGUGUCCCCAUAACAAGCCCGCAGGAAUCCUCCAACCUGGAAAAGGAAAAGGUAGCAAACCCUGAAGAAGCAAAGGUGCUCGAAGAAUCAACCAGCACCAAAAAAAAGGAGAAGAGGAAACACAUGGACCACGUGGACAGCGAGAUCUUCACAGUGCCUGAGCCUGCACGCUCCUCGGAUGACCUGGAAGAUGACAUCAGUGACCAUAGAAUCCAGUCCAGGACCACCCACAGUGACUCCAGCAUUUACAUUCGUCCACAUACUAAUAGGUCUUUGGAAUCGGACCAUUUUAGCUAUGUUCAAUUGAGGAACGCAGCUGAGGUGGAUGACAGAAGAAACCGAAUGUUAAACAGGAAUGCCACCAGCUCUGGGGAAGCCAUGGUGCAGGAGGGCCAGGGCCCACGGAACGACUCGCUAACACAGCUGGUGCAACAGCCCGACAUGAUGUACUUUAUCCUCUUCCUUUGGCUGCUGGCAUACUGCCUGCUGCUCUUCCCGCAGCUGGACGGCAGCAGACUCUGAGCCUGGCCUGGCAAUAAAGAUGGUGGGACCCA